AUGCGUGUUGUUGGUGUGUGUGACGUCAGUUGUGUGUGUUUGACGUCAGUUGGUGUGUGUUUGACGUCAGUUGGUGUGUGUUUUGACGUCAGUUGGUGUGUGUUUGACAUCAGUUGGUGUGUGUUUGACAUCAGUUGGUGUGUGUUUGACAUUCAGUUGUUGGUGUGUGUUGACGACAGUUGGUGUGUGUUUGACGACAGUUUGGUGUGUUUGACGACAGUUGUUGGUGUGUGUUUGACGACAGUUGGUGUGCGUGACGUCAGUUGGUGUGUGUUUGACGUCAGUUGGUGUGUGUUUGACGUCAGUUGGUGUGUGUUUGACGUCAGUUGGUGUGUGUUUGACGUCAGUUGGUGUGUGUUUGACGACAGUUGGUGUGUGUUUGACGUCAGUUGGUGUGUGUUUGACGUUGGUGUGUGUUUGACGUCAGUUGGUAUGCGUGACGUCAGUUGGUGUGUGUUUGACGUCAGUUGUUGGUGUGUGUUUGACGUCAGUUGGUGUGUGUGUGACGUCAGUUGGUGUGUGUUUGACGUCAGUUGGUGUGUGUUUGACGUCAGUUGUUGGUGUGUGUUUGACGUCAGUUGGUGUGUGUUUGACGUCAGUUGGUGUGUGUUUGACGUCAGUUGGUGUGUGUUUGACGUCAGUUGGUGUGUGUUGACGUCAGUUGGUGUGUGUUUGACUUGGUGUGUGUUUGACGUCAGUUGGUGUGUGUUUGACGUCAGUUGGUGUGUGUUUGACAUCAGUUGGUGUGUGUUUGACUUCAGUUGGUGUGUGUUUGACGUCAGUUGGUGUGUGUUUGAACGUCAGUUGGUGUGUGUGACGUCAGUUGGUGUGUGUUUGAACGUCAGUUGGUGUGUGUUUGACGUCAGUUGGUGUGCGUCAGUUGGUGUGUGUUUGACGUCAGUUGGUGUGUGUGACGUCAGUUGGUGUGUGUUUGACGUCAGUUGGUGUGUGUUUGACGUCAGUUGGUGUGUGUUUGACUUGGUGUGUGUGACGUCAGUUGGGUGUGUGUUUGACGUCAGUUGUUGGUGUGUGUUUGACGUCAGUUGGUGUGUGUUUGACAUCAGUUGGUGUGUGUUUGACAUCAGUUGGUGUGUGUUUGACGUCAGUUGUUGGUGUGUGUUUGACGACAGUUGGUGUGUGUUUGACGACAGUUGGUGUGUGUUUGACAACAGUUGGUGUGUGCUUGACGACAGUUGUUGGUGUGUGUUUGACGUCAGUUGGUGUGUGUGUUUGACGGACAGUUGGUGUGUGUUUGACGACAGUUGGUGUGUGUUUGACAUCAGUUGGUGUGUGUUUGACGUCAGUUGGUGUGUGUUUGACGUCAGUUGUUGGUGUGUGUUUGACGUCAGUUGGUGUGUGUUUGACAUCAGUUGGUGUGUGUUUGACGUCAGUUGGUAUGUGUGGUAUCGUGACGUCAGUUGGUGUGUGUUUGACGUCAGUUGGUGUGUGUUUGACGACAGUUGGUGUGUGUUUGACGACAGUUGGUGUGUGUUUGACGUCAGUUGGUGUGUGUUUGACGACAGUUGGUGUGUGUUUGACAUCAGUUGGUACGAACACCUGACGAAACACCCUCAGAGCGAAGACCUGAUGAAACACCCUCACAGUGAAGACCUGACAAAACACCCUCACAAUGAAGACCUGACAAAACACCCUCACAGUGAAGACCUUACGAAACACCCUCACAGUGAAGACCUGACGAAACACCCUCAGAGCGAAGACCUGACGAAACACCCUCACAGUGAAGACCAGACGAAACACCCUCACAGUGAAGACCUGACGAAACACCCUCAGAGUGAAGACCUGACGAAACACCCUCAGUGUGAAGACCAGACGAAAAUUCCUCAGAGCGAAGACCUGACGAAACACCCUCAGAGCAAAUCCCUGACGAAACACCCUCAGAGCGAAGCCCUGACGAAACACCCUCAGAGCGAAGACCUGACAAAACACCCUCAGAGUGAAGACCUGACUUGA